AUGUUCGACAACAACUUUCGUUUAUUGCAGUAACCAAGCGAAUAUUGUUAACAGUCUCAGUCUAGAACUCGUUUGCAAAAGCAGGUAUUUAUUAGCUCAAAUUACAAUUAUAUAAAAAUGUAUUAAUACUACGAUGAUUUUCUAAUAACCGUUUGUAAAUUCUGUCUCAAAAUUUACCUCUGACAAGUUUUUUUUUAUAAGAACUGGUUUACAGUUUUUUGCUUUUGGUUCUUUGCGUGAAUUUGAGAUGAAAAAAAAAUAACCUUGAACAUAAUACAUGGAUUUGAUAGAUGUUUUAAUAAUAAAAAAAUGUCUCAUACGAUGUUACGAAAUCAGAACUUUUUACAUUAUUAUCUGAAGGCCAGGGACGAUUCAUACUCAAUGUUUAACAAUUUAUAACUUUUACAGGGACAACCUGUAUAAUUUAAACUCUUUGAUUAGCUGAUAAAAUCUAUGGUUUAAUAGAUAUUCAGAUUUUUAGAUCGUUGUAUAUGCCAAGAAAACCGUUCGCCAUAAAAAGACAUUCUAAAAAAUUAUCAAAAAUUGUAAUUAUUCCAUCAAUUAGAGAAAAUGUUAUUAAGAUGUUUUUUUAUAGUAAGGUUCGCAUAUAUUUGCGAAGGUUUAGUGAAAUAUAAUAUAACAUGGACGGGAAAUCAUUUUGGAGGAAUUUUAAGUAUCGCUGACCGUUCAGGUUGUUAUUAAAAAAAUAAUCACCAACUAUUCUUGCUUAUAUAUUAACUAGAAAUCAAUGUUGAUUUAUUUAUUCAUUAUUUUCAUUUACAAUUUAUUAUAAUUUUUGUCGGAAUAUUUCUUUAUAGUAAACGUGCAAUAUAAAAACGUAUCUACUAUAGAAAAAUUGAUUUUCACUAAAAACCUCAUCGUUUAUAACAUUAUUUAUCAAUUAUUACCAACAAUAUAAAAAGAAUAUAUGAGGUAAAUUAUUUAGUUUGUAUAAAAUGUGAUUGAAAACAAUUUCGGCGGUUCUCAAAUCAAAUUAAAGAUUAGAUAAUGUACAAAAUUAGUCGAUAAAAGUUAUAAUAUUAAAAAUAAAUAUUAUUAUUGGGAGAUUUCGAAGAUAAAACGAUGAAGGUCACUCAUUAUAUUUCCCAUGGCGUUCAUCACAGCAAGUAGUUGCAUUCAAACAGUCAGUCCACUUGGCAACAAUCUCCUGCCAAUUAAUAAAAAUAGUAACGCUAGGAAGUUUCAUUUUUAAAUAAGUACCAAGUAGAUAAAGUUUGUUUUGAUACAAAUAGAAACUUAUAUCCUUAUUUAUCAUCAUGGCAUCUGUAGAUCUAGUAACUAAUUGGUUGAAGCCGUUCCUGGAUGUAAAUAUAGAAGAUUACGAAGUUAUAAUAGACGGUAAUAAUUCAAAAGACAGCGGAUACUUGAGCGGAAUCAUCUACGUAACAUUGAAAAAUCUAAAAAACUCUAAAACUAGUAAAAAAAUAGAACUAGUAAUAAAAAAAGGAUGCGAUUUGGAAGCUGUCAGGAGUUCCCUGGCUAUCAGAGAUUUUUUCAUAACCGAAAACUUCAUGUACGAAACUGUUUUUUCGACGUUCAAUAAAUUUCAAAUGAAAAAAGGAAUUGAGUUGUUUAAAUCGUUUCCGAAGUACUACGGUCAUGUUUUGCUUAAAAACAGCGAAGUUAUUAUUUUCGAAAAUUUGAAAUCGAAAGGUUACAAGCUUUACAAUCGAUUGAAAGGUAUGGAUAUCGAUCAUUGUAAAAUUGUAUUGAAAGCUUACGCCGAACUCCAUUCUCUGUCGUUCGCUUUAAGAGAUCAGGAUAAUGAAACUUACGAAAGCUUGACGAAAAAUUUCGUGGACGUUUUUAAAAAUUGGUUAUUGGUUCCUUCUAUUGAGAAUUAUAUGCAUGAUCAGUUGAAUACUUUUUUGGAAACUUUGGAAAUACACGGGGAUCAAACUUUGUAUAAUUUAGUGAAGGAAGAGAUGAAAGAUAUUUUGAAAAAAACAUUGGAUGUACUCAAUAGUGAAGAAAAACAAGUAGCUUUCCUACACGGGGAUAACUGGAAUAAUAAUUAUUUGUUUCAGUAUGAGGAAAAUAACAACUCCCCAAAAGCAGUAGCAAUCCUAGACUGGCAACUAGCAGCUAUAAGAUCACCUCUAUUCGACGUAGGUAAAUUUUUAUUCAGCGUUUGUUCCAAAGAAGAACUAGAUCAGUUGAAAGAGCUAUUGAAUUAUUAUUACAGUAUAAUGUCACAAUCAUUGAUAAAACUUGGCAGCGAUCCAGAGAAAAUUUUCAGUUACGCCGAUUUUAAGCGACACUGGAAAAGUUACACUUGGUUCGGUUUUGUUGGGGGUAUAAUGAUGAUGAAAUUGACUAUGCUCGAUGAAGAGGAAGCGCCUUCCGUCGAACAAUUAGACGAAGGUAAAGAUUAUAACGAAAUAUUCAGUUUAAAACUCAGCGGGAAACAGUUGUACUAUCAACGCGCUAAGGAUAUUUCGUCGGCUUAUUUCAAAUUUAAAAAAACGGAAAAUUUCCUCGAUUAAAUCGAUCUGUGAUUCGAUGAAACGCUGUGAACAUUCCGGACAUUUUUCGGUAUCAAAUGUAAUUUCAUGAGAUUUAUUGUGUACAAAUAAUUGAAAGUAUUAUUAUUUGAAAUUUGAUUGUUUACUUUUUUUUAGUUAUUAUAUAGAUAAAUGUGUAUAGUGUUAAUGUAGAUGUUUUUUUAAAUUAAAUAUACUUAUUGUUUAAAAAA